AUGUCGCAAUGGACUGAUGGAGAAAAACAUGAUGCCAUUGUUUGUGAACCUAAAGAACUUCUGAAUCCCUCUCCCAAAGUAACAAAUUGUUGCAAAUCCCUGUUGAAAUACAGUUUUCAGAAGGAGUACAUGACCCGACUUGUUAGCUCCCAGCCAGUUUCAGCCAUGUCAAGAAGCCCAGAUCACAAUCUGCCUUCUCAGCCCAAGGAGAGUAGCAUUGGCCAGAACCGUCACCAGGAGGAAAUAAUCCACAAGUUGGCCAUGCAGUUAAGAAACAUUGGGGACAGCAUCAAUCGUGGGAUGGUUCAAGAGGAUCUUCUUCAGCAGGAAGUCAGGGAGGCACUGGCUCAUUGUGUCUUGGUUUUCUUUGGAGGAGUUCACGCCCUGCAGCGCUUUCUCUGGAAUAUCCGUUGGAUGUGAAAGAAAUGUAAAUGCCACCUUCUAACCUCUGAGAAAACAAGAAUCCCACUGGGGCAGAUGGAAGCAGACCCUUCUCUGUCUCCCUCUCUUUUUACUCAUCACUGUUGGUUCACGCCCGGUUUCUUGGAGGACUGCAGACUCACUGGCCGUUUGUCUGUUCAGAGCCACCUGCUGUGAGACGUCUGUGACUGCCUCCCGGUAAAGCCCCAGGGGGCCUUGCCACUUAGAAUUCUACCACCAGUGCUGUGGACGGUCCCCGGUGCUCUUUGUAAAGCAACCUGAAGCAUCUUCUUUCAUGAGUGAAAUUGAACCUUGUUCUCAAAGCAGAGGUCACAGAAAUGGGUGCUUUCUCCUGGCCCUUCCCUGGGUGCUGGGCCCUCCAGCAACCUGCUGGCCCCACCCUUGUUGCCUGUGUCCAGACCUGCAGUGCCCUGUUCUUAGACCUCUCCGUCUACCUCACCUUCCUUCUCUUCUCCCCCUUUUGGAAGCAUUAAGAAAGUUUCUGGUUAUAAAUUAUAAGUUCCAUGUAUACAUUUCGAGUUCUUUGUAGGAAGAUUGUUAUUUAAAAAUUAAUAAUUUAAGAAAUGAAAUAAAUAUUGUUAUAUUUUUGAGCAUGAAA